CAGUCUGGGCGGCUGUUUGAACUAGUCGUCUUCUCCCAUGCGUGGUGUUGAGUUUCUAUAUUUAAAGUCUGCUUGUGUUUUAAACCAGCUGCAGGGGGCAUCAUUGGCUUUGCCCGCGGAGGUUCCCUAAUCUCUUCUUGAGCACACACACACGGGCUGUACACCCCCCCUCCUCCUGCCAAACUCCAAGGCCGGGCAGCGUCGCCAUACGGAACAUCCUGCACUCAGCGGAGAGGGGGAGGAGAGAGGGUGCCUGAGCUGAGAGAGAAACGCACACUCUCACAGUAAGAGAGACGGGUCUGGCUUCUCCCCUGGCUCUUAAAUUAUCAGCUCCGUGCACCAGAAAUUUGGACCGAUUCGCCCCGCGGAGACGAGCAGAGAGGAGGCCGUCUGUUGCCUCGCCGGAGACCGGGACCAGCGGGAUUAAAGAGCCGGACCAGGAGGACUGAUGGUCGCGCAGACGCUCUGAAGUUGGACAGACUACACCGAGGUUCCCAGGAGCAAAAACAGCAGGAGCAGCAGCAGCAGCAGCAGUCUUCGCGCUCUCUCUUUCCUCUCCCCCCACCCCUUCUCCACCUCCCCGAACCCUCCCCUGGAAGGCAGCGGCGGCACCGGGAGGCUGUGCCCGCAGAAACACCGACCAUGAAGCUGCCUUGGCUGCUUGCGCUCGCCGCGCUGCUCGCUCACGCCGCCACGGCGCAGAAGUGGUCUCAACCCGCCGAUGACGAAGGCUCGACGAGAGAUGACUUUUACGAUGACGAGGACCUCUACUCGGGCUCCGGCUCCGGCUCCUCUGACAUCGGCGUGAGGCCGACGACGUCUGGCGUGACCUUCACCACGGAGGAGCCCAUCCUCUUCUCCACCACCCAGGCGACAAGCCCCGCCCCCUCAGCCUCACCUGCGGCCGAGCCCAGCCCCAGCCCGGAGGACGUCAUCUCCACCUUGUUCCCCACCGAGGCCGACGGCGAGAGCGGCAUCUACGUGGAGAUGGAGAAGGAGAGGGAAAAAGAGAGGGAGCAGGAGAGAGAGAGACAGGAAAGGGAAAGAGAAAGAGAGCGAAUCAGAGAGAUGGAAAGAGAGAGGGAGAGGGAGAGAGAGCGGGAGAGGGAGAGGGAGCGGGAGAGAGAGAGGGAGAGGCAGAGAGAGCGGGAGCUGGAGAGGCAGAGGGAGCUGGAGCAAAUCCGGGCGGCUCAGACCACCGCCGCCCCCCGCUCCCCCGCCGUCUUCCCCGCGUCCACCACCGGCCUGACGACCAGCGCCGUGGAGAGCGCAGCGCCCUCUGCUGGCUCGGACGACCUGCUCGGCCCGGGCGAAGACGAGGAGGACGUGUACCUGUCUCCGGAGCCCACCCCGUUUUCCCCCGACGCGGAAACCACCCCAGAUUACGAUUACGACACGCCCACCACGGCGGAGACCACGCCCGAGCCCACCACGGCCGCACCCACCACCACAGCUGCGACCACCGCCAAGACCAGAGUCCCCUUCAGGCCCCGGGUCCCGGCGUCGAGGACCACCCAGGGCGUCCCGACGGAGAGAACGACCCGCCCACAGCCGCCCGCAACCACACAGGAGGGAAACAACGAGGUGGGCGCCGCAGGCCCGACCGGAGACUCGGAGAUCAGAAAGGAGGGCAGGAAUAAUCUCGACUCACUGCCCGACUUCAGCGGGAACACGGUUGACAGUGGCAGCUCUGCUGCCCAGCUGCCACAGAAGAACAUCCUGGAGAGGAAAGAGGUCCUAAUAGCUGUGAUCGUGGGAGGCGUGGUGGGCGCCUUGUUCGCCGCCUUCCUGGUGAUGCUGCUGGUGUACAGGAUGAAGAAGAAGGACGAGGGCAGCUACACGCUGGAGGAGCCCAAACAAGCCACGGUCACCUACCAGAAACCCGACAAGCAGGAGGAGUUUUACGCAUAACCCCUGGAUGCCGGGGAGUCGCACCUCACACCGGGCUGGGGGUUGGGGGAGGAGAAAGAGAGAAAAGUGAAAGAUACUCUAAAGCGCUCCCCCUCCUCCUCUUCCUCCUUCUCCUUCUUCUUCUUCUUCUUCUUCUACUACUAUUACUCGCCCCUUCAUCUCGUCAUCCCGCUCCUCCCCUCUCGUCUCCAAAGCGUUUGAGAGCGCCUUCUUUCUGGGGACUUUCUUUUCGAUGAGAACGACAAAAUAAGGACAAAAAAGGAUGGAAAAAUUCAAAUAUAUUCAGAAAAAAAAGCAACAUACACACAAGAUGUUUUUAAAGUAACUGUUGUUAUUAAUAUUCUGCAGAUUCUCUUGUUCUGUAUGUAAGGAUAUGAUGAUUUUGUAAGAAAAACGACAAAAAAGGACAUUCUCCUAGUCUGUGUUUUCCAGCACAAGCAAACAAAAACAAGUCCCCCGCCCCCAGAACCCCUUUCUGUUUUUAUGGAGCAAAUAAAAAAAGAGAGAGAGGAGAGGAGGGGGGCGCUAAGAAGAGGAAGCCAUGACUUAACAGAAGGUGGGGCAUGAUUCUGCCCCUCGUUUCCCCUUCCCCUAAAACAAGCAAACAAAAAAAUCCAAAACACUGAGCGUCUGGUUGGCCGGGCAGAGUCCAGGGUCAAAGGUGAGAGGAAAGGUCUCUUUUGUGCCUUCCGUCCUUUUUUUUUUUUUUUUUUUGGUGCUCAAAUAUUCACACACCGACAUGAACACAGGCAUAUGCACACACACGUCUCUGCACACAGACACCGGAGUCUUUGCUGGAAGGUGGCUCUGACCUCUCGCUCGGCUCGGCCAACCAGAAAACGCCACGGCGUGUUUUGGUCACGUCGAGCCGGUGACCCCUCUGCUCCUCUGGGCUGUACAAAGACUAGUUAUUGAUAGUAAUAAUGAUGAUAAUAAUAAUAAUAAUCAAUAAUAUAUCAAUGCUUCAGGGCUGGAUGGUGAGGAAUUAUUGUGAUAAUUAUUAUAAUAAUAAUAAAGCGGUAAACGAUAAUGAUGAUGACGAUGAAACCUAAAGAGGAGGAUGUUGUAGUUAGCAUUUAAUGAAAAAAGAAGAAAAAAAAAGAAGUAUAUAUGUAAAUAUCAGCGUAUCCUUUCUGGCGUCACUAAUCAUCUGCAUGAUCUAUUUGUUUUUGUUUUUUUUGUUGUUUUUUCUUUAAUCCAUCCAUCACCUUCAUCAUCACCUUAGACGAGCUGUGCUCUUGUCGCGUGCACGCACACACUCUGCACACAGAUUUAAAAACUAGCUGCGCGUUAGAAACAGGCCACACAGACUUUAAAUCAUAUCAUCCGAACACAUUUCAGAGCCACUGUCGUCAUCGUCGUCGUGACAGAGCGAGGCCAGGUGGUGUUGCUGAUCAGUUAUCAAUCGGUUUGGUUCGUUUUGUGUACAAGCACAAUUACGGAGCCUUGCAAAAGUAUUCAUACCCCAGUCAACAUUUUCCUCUUUGGCAUUUUGCACAGGCGAACUUCUCUGUACUUUACUAGGAUUUUAAUUCCACAGCACUUUCUUUCUUUUUACUCUUCCUUCAGCAAUAGCUUUUUUUUUUCUUGUCACUUUUCCAUAAAAAAACAAUUCUUUAUUUCUGACAGAUUCUCCUCUAGAGUCACCACAAGCCUCCAGGCUGCUUCCCCGAUUAAAUGUUCUCGGCCAGUUGUGGUUGACCAUCCAUUCAUAAAAUGCCAAUAAAAAAAAAUACAUGAAAGUUUGUGACAGUAACAUAAACGAUUGCAAAAGCUUGACGGGUGUGAAUAUUCUUACAAGGCGCUGUGUUCAUGUACAGUCUUUGUGUCAUCCGGAAAACAUCUGCCCUCUCGAGCCGUCUGCAUGCCUCGCGGUUUUUUUUUCCUUUGGCUUUCGUCCCAUCCACCGCUGAUCGGCUCUCGGUUUGAGGAUGGGAGAUGUUCAAAAGUUGCUCCCAUGUGCACUGAGUC